CAAUGUCUGAGGAACCUCAAGAUACAGUAGUUUUAAGCAAUUUUGAAUCAGAGAAUUCUGUCAUUCAUUCAUCAUGGAAAAAUCAUAUUAAAAACGUUCCGAUUGAAACUAAUCUUACAAAUUUAUCAAAAAAUCAACAAAAAAAACUUUUAAAGAGAGAACUUUAUCUAAGUAGACGUCAUGAAAAACGAAAAGAAGAGCGUUUAAGAAAAAAACAAAAUCGAAUAGAUUUAAAAACAGCUGGUUUGCCACUUCCUAAGCGGCUUAAAAAUAAAAUAUCAAAACGCAAAGAGCUAUCAAACCAAAAAAUUGUUAUAGAUUUAAAUUUUGUGGAUUUUAUGACUGAAACAGACCUUCGCAUGCUUUUAAAGCAAAUUAGGACAUGUUAUGCAGAAAAUCGCAAGUUAAAAAACCCACUGCAGCUGCAUUUAACAAGUUUUCAUGGGAAAAUAAAACAAUUUUUUUCUACAAUCCAACCUGGUUGUUUAAAUUGGUUACUUCAGUUUCAUGAGAACACUUAUCUUGAAGAGUUUAAAAAAGAAGACAUUGUUUAUUUGACCGCAGACUCAGAAAACGUUCUCCAUUCUUUAGAUGAUACAAAAGUCUACAUCAUUGGUGGUUUGGUUGAUCACAACCAUCAAAAGGGAUUAUGUCAUAAAUUGGCUAUCUCUCAUUCUAUUAGUCACGCAUGCCUCCCAAUAAACGAAUAUAUCAAAUUAAAUAGUAGAAAAGUUUUGACCGUAAAUCAUGUAUUUGAGAUAUUAUUGAAAUAUGUUGAACUUAAAGAUUGGAAAGACGCUUUUUUUCAUGUUUUACCUAAAAGAAAAGGUAUUGAUGAAUUAGAUGGCUCUGAUAAUUUGCAAGAUUUUGAAGUAUAACUUAUAGAUAAAUAUAUAUCGUUACUUAAAUGACUUCUAGGAGAUAAUUAAAAAUUUUAGUAAAAUUGAAAUUAUUAUUUAUUUGCAACUUGUAACACGUUUUUAAACGAAUUGACUCAAACCAUAAAUCUGUUAAUAAAAAGAAAAAAUUUAAUUAAAA